CUUUAUCGUAUAAGCUUGGCGAGAAACGCAAAUCUUUGGCUAAAAGACAAUGAGUCUCCUUGCCGGGGAUGAUCAUCGAUUGCUCGCCGUUCGCGCCGUCGAUUUGGUAUCGGCAAUGGCACCGUCUGAUCUAGUUUUAGAAGCCUUUAGACAAGAGCAUCCUAGCUUGAAAGAAGAUUCAUGUGCGGGCACAACUGUCGCUGUACAAGAAAUCUUUGGCUCCAUGGUAAACAUUUUAUACGAGGACGAAAUGGGUCCCUCGAAGCGGUACCUACAGCGCCUUCUGCUCAAGUUUAUUUCCGUCGUCGUCGGUGAGGAUCGCACCGAAUCAGAAGCCCUUAUGCAGUUGCUCUUGAAGGGAUUGAGCAUCCGCAAUUCCUUUCCCGACGCAAACGAAUGCUGCCAUGUUUCUUUUCGAAUACAAAGAUUGCGUCACGAAAUACCCCUGCGCAUUCGAAUUUUCCCGCAACACAACGACGUGGCGUUACGAAUGUGGGAAGCCGGCGCUGUCCUUUCAGAGUUCUUUGUCCAGUGUGGGGGACUUCUGGCAGGUCGCAAGGUCGUGGAGCUAGGUGCAGGAACUGCGGUGACUGGGCUCGUCGCUGCGGGCUGUUGCAAGGCUUCGCAUGUCCACUGUACUGACUUUACCCAGGCUUCGCUUGACAAUAUGAAACAUAAUGUGGCAAUCAACGAACCUUGGUUGCGACAGAAAAGACCGAAGGAGGAGCCGCAAAGUGUUAUCUCGUCUGGAUACCUCGAAUGGGGAGAGUUUGGAAAUGGCAUUGACGAAAAUCUGAAUCCCGAAGCUGCUGUAAACCCGCUGCUGGUUCCUAGUGCGGACCACCUGAUCCAAGGCGAUACUCUUAUUGCUGCUGAUGUAGUGUACGACAAAGCAAUUCUUAGUCCCUUGGUUCGAACAAUUUGGUAUUUCCUAACAGCGACUACCUCGAGCCCUCAUGAAAAGACUGCGAUCUUUGCUACGACAAUACGAAAUCAAAGCACAUUCCAGCUGUUUCAAGAGCAACUUCAUUCCCAAGGAAUAUCAUCCCAGAUUUUACUUUCCCGCAAAGAGUGUGGUAAUUUACAGCUUGUAUUCCCAAUGAAUUUCAUUCAGCCUCGGAGUGACGUCGUGAUAUACUCCUUGCACCUGCAAAGGAAACCUACGAAGUGAUGUACGUAUACUAUACAUGUUGGGUAAUCACUAUAAAUUAUCAAAGACCCGUUC